AUUGCAUAGCGCUACUGGCUAAAACCACCACUAUAAAAGAAAGAGAGGACAGAUGCAAACCACGACAGAUCCCGUCUAAUCACUUAAUCAAUGGCCUAAAUAUGUUGUUAACGAAACUUCGUCGCUAACGAAAACUCCUCGUCGCUAACAAAAACUCCAUCGAUCUCUCUCUGGAACUGCUCCCGCAAACCCCCGAUCGCCCGCCGGCCCCGCGCCGCUCCCGCUCGCCCCGCUCGGCCGGCGCUCGCCCCCGCACGCCGCUCCCACCACCUCCUCGCGCGGCGCGCCGGCGCCAAUUGCCAUGGGCCUCAAGCUCCUGCGGCUCGCGGCGACACUCCUCUCCCCGGGGGCCUCCGGCACGGACGCGCACCACCCGUCGACGGCCCCGCUGUACGCGCACCACCUGGACGCGCUCCUCGCCUUCGGCCGCGGCGCUCGAGGAGGCGUUCACGGACCGCCUGCGCGCCGCCGUCGUGGCCCUCAAGUGCCUCGUGGCGCUCAGGGUCCUGCUCGCCCGCGGCGCCUUCAUCCUCCGCGACCAGCUCCUCGUCGCGCUCCUCCGCCACCGGCCUCCGGCCGCAACCCGCUCGCGCUCGCCGCCUUCCCGCUGGGCCGCUCCUUCGCCGCGGCCUCCUGGGUCAGGUUCUUCGCGCGCCUGCUCGAGGUCCUCCUCCUCCUGCCGGACGCCUCCUGCGACGCCGAGUACCUCACCGCGCUCCCGAACCCGCACCUCAUCUCCGAGCUCGCCGCCUUCGCCUCCGUCGCCUGGGCCCCCGCGCGCCGCUCCCGCUCGCCCCUACCGCGGCGUGGGGCGCGCUCAAGUACUUCGUGCCGGCGCUAGAGUGGGUGCCCCACUACGGCCUCGACAAGUUCAAGUUCGACCUCCUCUCCGGCCUCACCAUCACCAGCCUCGCCUCCCCCCGCCGCCGCGCCUCCUCCCGCCGCUCAACGAACCUCCUCCUCCACCCUAAACGAAGGGACAGCGGCGACGGCGGUUCCAGAUCGGACGGCGUCGCGGUCAGAGAUUGGAUGGUACUUCAAAUGCAGAGUCUGAAGCUCUGCUCAAAUCUCUAUCGAUGUUUGGAGAGCAGCUGAAUAUAUAUGUAUGUUUUCUGUACCAAAACAAGCCAUGAUCAACUCUCUCAAGUUCUUCGCAAUUCAAUACUCAACAUGGGUGUGCCGACAGGAGCAUGUAAAGUCGUCAAAAUGCACUCUAAAAGAUGCCAUCUGUUUGCACAUUGACAAGAUAGUUGUGUCUUCAGCAGACUCCUUGUGCAGUGGGUUGAUGCUACAAAGAUCCAUCUUGCAAGACAUCAGGAAUGCAAACGCAAGGAGCCAUCAUCACUGGAUAAUCGAAAACGAGUAAUUCCUACUGCUAAUCCGAGGCCUCUUUGCGAUUCCGGUUGCAUUUUACCAGCCUAUUGUUCCUUUGAUGCUGGAAAAGCAAGGGAGAGAGACAGAGCGCCUGACAUAUCAGUAGGCGGUGUAUCUCCUUUAUUCCACUUUUCUUCGACCAUCGGUUUUAUAGAAGAUGUGUUGUCCCCCAGUGCUGGCUUGAGAUCCUGUGUGUUCUGUUCAUGUAAAUCUUCAGACUGAAUGGUCAUGCUAUUUCCAGUCGCUGCAUCA